ACAAUACCAGGCGGGAGGGCGGGUGGGCGGUGUGUAUCCGGGCUGUGAGGUGCUUGGAACCUCCGCGGACCGUGCAGCCGCUGUCUCUUUAACGCGAGAGGAAGCGAUGCGGAGGGGUGGAAAAUGGCAGAGCUGCAGAUGUUACUAGAGGAGGAGAUCCCGUCUGGCAAGAGGGCGCUGAUAGAGAGUUACCAGAACCUGACCCGGGUGGCGGACUACUGUGAAAACAACUACAUACAGGCUACAGACAAGAGAAAAGCUUUAGAAGAGACCAAAGCCUAUACGACCCAAUCCCUAGCUAGUGUUGCUUAUCAAAUAAAUGCAUUGGCCAACAAUGUACUCCAGUUGCUGGACAUCCAAGCCUCUCAACUUCGGAGAAUGGAAUCUUCCAUCAAUCACAUCUCACAGACUGUGGACAUUCAUAAAGAAAAAGUGGCUCGGAGAGAAAUUGGUAUUUUGACAACAAAUAAGAAUACUUCAAGAACUCACAAAAUAAUAGCACCUGCAAAUAUGGAACGCCCUGUAAGGUAUAUUCGGAAACCUAUUGAUUACACAGUUCUGGAUGAUGUGGGCCAUGGUGUCAAGCAUGGAAAUAACCAGCCUGCAAGAACUGGCACACUGUCGAGAACAAAUCCGCCUACUCAGAAACCACCGAGUCCUCCCAUGUCAGGCCGGGGAACACUGGGACGGAAUACUCCUUAUAAAACCCUGGAACCUGUUAAGCCCCCCACAGUUCCUAAUGACUACAUGACGAGUCCUGCUAGGCUUGGAAGUCAGCAUAGUCCAGGCAGGACAGCUUCUUUAAAUCAGAGACCGAGGACACACAGUGGCAGUAGUGGAGGAAGUGGAAGUCGAGAGAACAGUGGAAGCAGCAGUAUUGGCAUUCCCAUUGCCGUGCCUACACCUUCACCACCCACCAUUGGGCCAGCCCCGGGCUCAGCUCCUGGUUCCCAGUAUGGCACAAUGACCAGGCAGAUUUCUCGGCACAACUCUACCACUUCUUCGACUUCUUCUGGUGGAUACAGACGAACUCCCUCUGUGACUGCUCAAUUCUCUGCUCAGCCUCAUGUUAACGGAGGUCCACUUUAUUCUCAAAAUUCAAUUGCUGAUAGUCCAACUCCACCACCACCACCUCCACCAGAUGACAUUCCAAUAUUUGAUGAUUCUCCACCUCCACCUCCACCACCACCAGUGGAUUAUGAAGAUGAGGAGGCUGCAGUAGUCCAGUACAGUGAUCCAUAUGCAGAUGGGGAUCCUGCUUGGGCCCCCAAGAAUUAUAUUGAGAAAGUUGUUGCAAUAUAUGAUUAUACAAAAGACAAGGAUGAUGAGCUAUCAUUUAUGGAGGGUGCAAUCAUUUAUGUCAUAAAGAAGAAUGAUGACGGCUGGUAUGAAGGAGUCUGCAAUCGAGUGACUGGUCUGUUCCCUGGGAACUAUGUGGAAUCAAUCAUGCACUAUACUGAUUAAACUUUUGGCUUUUAAAGUAAAUCCUCAUUAUUACUCAGUCAUACAGUGGGACUAUUAUGGUUAACAGAAUUGUCUUAAUGUUUUAAGAUGUGCCCAUAUUUUCAGGACAUGCUGUUUUAUCGGUAUAAUUGAAUGUCUACCCGUCAGCAUAAAUCAUGGAGACAGUUUGUGUAUUGCUGUCUUGCUGAACAGCGGUUUAUACAAGAAGCUGUCCAUAAUUGAUUAUGCCAAUGUACUUACUUACAUACUGUUAACUUUAUGACCAGCCUAAAUAUUCUGGGGAAGUGGGGUAUAAUAUUUAAAUCAUGAUUUGGAUUGUACCAGUACAUCUUUCAGUGCAGCAUGGUUACUAACACUGUCAGACUAAUAUUGAAAUCAGCUGGUGCUGGUUAGAGUUUUGGUUUCAAUUCUCUCAUUCUUGAAUCUAUACUAUUUGUUUAAGGCAUGCAUACAAAUUUAUGUACUGAAAUAUAUUUUAAAAAAAUCCAAGAUGCUUCCAAUUUGUGUAAUAUGUACUUUGGAGUACUCAUACUUAAGUCUCUUGAAAUGAAUUGAGUCUCUAAGGUCUCCAUGUGAAACAAAAUGAACAAAAAGGAUAAUCUGUAAUGUUGUAAUUUGUACCUAAGUUUUUUUAAUGAGUGAAUUUGCAUUAUGAAUUUUUUUUUUCAUUUAUAAAUAUGUAAGUGAACCAGAGGUCUCUGUCCUUCACUGGUUUGCUUAAAAAUAAAUAAAUAAAUAAAUAAAAUAUGCUGAUUUAUUGGAGAAUUAUGGUUCUGUUUUCUCAGUAUAUUGACUUUUGAGAAUAAUUUAGCCUUAUUUCAGUAUGUUCCAACAGCAAUGUGACUAAAGAUUGCAGAUUUAAAAAUCUAAGAUGGUCAUUUAGAAGUCAACCUACUGAAUGCC